UGACCUUGUUCACAUGGACUAGGCUAAGUACAGUAUAGCGUCACAUUAUACAGAGAGAAGGCAGAUUUUUGAUUACUCAAGCCCCAGACAAACCGUAGCUAAGAUCAUGGAUCAGACAGCAGAGACCAUUGUGGAGGCCGCUGCUGAAGAGGGUUGGCUGUCAACCCUUGACAUCUUCGUCAUCUCUCUGUUGGCAGGCUUCUGCAUAUACUGGUUCUUCUUGAGAUCUAAAACACCUGAACCUCCACCCAUCAAGAAACUCAUCGUCUCACAAACCGCAACAAAGACCAGUGACCCCAGCUUUGUGAACCGCAUGAAGUCUUCUGGUCGCAAUGUAGUAGUGUUCUAUGGCUCUCAGACUGGCACCGCUGAGGAGUUUGCUGGCCGUCUGGCUAAGGACGCCACCAGAUACGGCAUGAAGGGGUUGGCCGCAGAUCCAGAAGAAUGCGAUAUGGAGGAGUUGGGUAAGCUGGUGGACAUUGAGAAUUCCCUGGCUAUAUUCUGCAUGGCGACCUAUGGAGAGGGUGACCCCACAGACAACGCUCAGGAAUUCCAUGACUGGCUACAAAACGAUGGAGGAGAACUGACAGGCUUAAAAUACGCUGUCUUUGCUCUAGGGAACAAGACGUAUGAACAUUACAACGCCAUGGGGAUUUAUGUUGACAAGAAACUGGAGGAUUUAGGAGCUACCCGAGUGUUUGAGAUUGGUCUCGGUGAUGAUGAUGGAAAUAUUGAGGAAGACUUUGUGACCUGGAGGGAGAAGUUUUGGCCGGCUGUGUGUGAACAUUUUGGGGUGCAGGCCACAGGCGAUGAAGUCAGCAUGAGGCAGUACGUUCAGACUCUGCAUGAGGACGUUCCCAAAGAGAAAGUUUUUACAGGAGAGGUGGUCAGACUGGGCUCAUUCAAGACACAAAAGCCGCCGUUUGAUUCUAAGAAUCCCUACCUGGCCCCAGUCAGCAUUAACAAAGAACUUCACAAAGGGGGUAACCGCUCCUGUAUGCACAUAGAACUCGACAUCUCUGGCUCAAAAAUCAGAUAUGAGGCUGGUGACCACGUGGCUGUGUAUCCAAUCAAUGACCCUGAGAUCGUGGAGAAGUUAGGCAAGAGGAUGAACAUAGAUCUAGACACAGUGUUCACUUUGACAAAUUUAGACGAGGAAGCGAGUAAGAAGCACCCAUUCCCCUGCCCGUGUAGCUAUCGCACAGCUCUGAGCCACUACCUGGACAUCACAAGCCCACCUCACAAACACAUCCUCAAGGAGCUGGCUGAGUAUGCAGGUGACCCUAAAGACAAGGAGUUCCUGCUCAACAUCUCUGCUAACACACCUGAGGGAAAGACUCUCUACUCUAACUGGAUCAUGAAAGACCAUCGUAACAUCUUGGCCAUUCUGGAAGAUUUACCCUCUGUUAACCCGGCUAUUGACCAUAUCUGUGAGUUGUUGCCACGGUUACAGGCUCGGUACUAUUCCAUUUCUUCCUCACCAAAGAUUCACCCUAAUCACAUCCACAUCACGGCAGUGCUCGUCGAUUACACCACCAACACCGGUCGGCGGCAGAUGGGCGUGGCCACCCGCUGGCUGUCCCUCAAGAAACCCUGCGGAGAUGCCCGCCCAACCGUGCCAAUCUACGUGCGAAAAUCCCAGUUCCGCCUUCCCUUCAAAUCCUCUACCCCCGUCAUUAUGAUUGGCCCAGGAACAGGGUUAGCUCCCUUUAGAGGCUUCAUCCAAGAGAGGGAUUAUUACAGGAAAGAGGGCAAACCUGUUGGCGACACGAUGCUGUUCUUUGGCUGUCGGUACAAGGCUGAGGAUUUCAUAUACGAGGACGAACUGACCAAGUAUGAGCAGGACGGUACGCUGACCAAGAUGUAUGUGGCGUUCUCAAGGGACGGACCGGAGAAAGUCUACGUCCAGCAUCUGAUGAAGCAGAACAAGAAAGAGUUAUGGGACUUGCUUCAGAGUGGAGCUCACUUGUAUGUCUGCGGAGAUGCAAGGAACAUGGCAAGAGAUGUGCAGGAGACCAUAAUGGAAGUUGUAUCAGAACAUGGAAACCUCGACAAGACACAAGCUGCUGAAUACGUUAAACGACUCCAGUCUAAGGGACGCUACUCCUGUGAUGUUUGGAGUUAAUCGCCCCUGUUCGCCGGGGACUAUUUUUUUUGUACCUGUGUUGUUCUAUGUGCUGUAGUGUUGUGACACAAUCCUCUGAGGAGACACAAACUGGACUAUGGGCAGCUAUAGGAAGUUGUCUCCACUGGUGUGGAACUCUUCUCUGGGUACACUGGACCAUAAAGAUCAUUUAUUCUGGACUUUUACUGUAUCUUUGAAGUGCAGUCAUGCUGGAUAGAUUUUAUCUAUAUGUAGUCCCUUCAGUCCCAAAGCCAGUAGAAAUUUCUUUGACAUUAAGAUUUUUAAAAUGAUGUUUCCAGUUUUUAGCUUUUGGUUUGUUCACAGAAGCGGAAGGGUAUAUUAUCCCAUCAAUAAAGACAAAGUUAAACUGGUUAUUGAUAUUCUAGAGUGGCCUUUGCCCAUUUUGAGUUUACAUUGGUGACCGUGAGUUAAAAGAUGCUGACACCAGUUUAUUUCCUAUGGCCUUCUGUUUGAUUUACAUGCACCUAAGUUGCUUCCAGUUUGAAUCUGUGUACACGCAUAUGCCAGUUCACUGGAAAUUUCUUUGUGAACAGGGUAUUAGAUUGCAAUAUUUUUUUACCAUAAUUAACUGUUUGAAGGAUUUUAUGUUUCGUAUAAAAAGUGUAAAAACAUAUAAAAAAAGUUGAUGUAAUGAAUUAUAUAACAUGCAAAAAAGAA